AUGGCUCAGCCAACUACUAGUACCCAGCAACAGCAGCAGCAGCAGCAGCAGGUAUCGCAGGAGGAAAGCGACGCUGCGCGGCCGCUCGCCGCGCUCUCCGGGAGCCCUCCGCCGCUCGUGGAAGGUCCCAGCAGCGCACUCGUGCGCCUGCUCUUCGCGGACCUCUCUGGCCAGCGCCGCGUGCGGGUGGUUCCCUGGGACCGGUUCCGCACGCUGACGUGUCAGCAGGGGGUAGGCCUGGCGCGGUGCAUCUACGCGUUCGCGUCGUUCGUGGAUGGGCCCGCCCCCGGGUGUGGCCUGUCCGCCGUGGGGGAGGUGCGACUCAUGCCUGACGUCAGCACGCUGAGGUCCCUCCCGUGGUGUCCUAAUCAGAUGCUCGCGUUGGUGGAUGCACACGUGGCGCCAGGUCAGCCGUUUGCCGUCUGUCCGCGCAGCACACUGAGGAGGGUGGCAGCAUCGCUCAAGGACAGGUUCGGCCUGGUGCUGAGAGCCGGGUUUGAGAGCGAGUUCACUCUCCUCCACUCCAUGACCCCAUCCAUGGUCCCCGUGGACCGCACGCUCUACUGCUCCGCCCUGGCGUUUGACGAGCAGGCGGAGCUGAUGGGGGCCAUGGUGGCUGCUCUGCACGGCAUGGGCAUACCCGUGGAGCAGCUCCACCCGGAAUCGGGCGGCGGGCAGUUCGAGAUAGCAGUGGGGCAUGCAGCUGACGUGGCAGCAGCUGAUAGGAUCCUGCUGGUGCGGGAAGCAAUCUCUGGGGUGGUGCGGAGAGCAGCAGCAGCAGGGGUAGCGAGUGGGGAGGUGGAUGGCACGAGCAGCAAAAGGAGCAGCACACCCACGCAUGUCACCUUCCUUCCACAAGUCUUCCCUCGCGACGCAGCCAAUGGCAGCCACGUCCACGUCAGCAUAUGGCGGGAGGUCACCGAGGGGACUGACACAUCAUCAUCAUCAUCAGCAGCAGUGGCAGCUGCAGCAGCAACAGAAACCUCCGCGGGUGCACCGAUCAUGAUGUCAGAAGGAGGACGCACUUACAUCAACGCUUUUGCUGCAACGGGGCAAGCGAGAGAAGGCGGGCAGGCAGAGCAGCAGGGAGGGCAGCAGCACGGCAUGUCGGAGGAGGGGCAGCAGUUCAUGGCCGGGGUGAUGGCGCACCUGCCCUCCAUCAUGGCUCUCUCCUGCCCCCUGCCCAACAGCUACGAGCGCCUGGGCCCAAACAAGUGGACGGGGGCCUUCCAAUGCUGGGGGCAUGAGAACCGCGAGGCUGCUGUGAGAGUGGCUGCUCCCCCCACCGAUACUGCCAACGGUGCAGCAGCAGCUCCUGCUAAUAGCACAGCUGCUGGUGCUGCUGACGGCGCAGCUGCUGCUGCUGCUGCUGCUGAUGAGGCAGCAGCGUUUCAAGUUACCAACUUCGAGGUGAAGGCGUGUGACGCGUGUGCGCAGCCGCACCUGGUGCUGGCAGCCAUUAUUGCUGCUGGCAUGGAUGGGCUGGAGAAGAAGCUGCAGCUGCCAGAACCUGUUGACGUCAACCCUGCUGACCUUCCUGCCGAAUCUGCUCCUCCCCGCCUGCCCUCGUGCCUGGAGGACUCACUAGCGGCCUUUGAGGCGGACACUGUCAUGCGGGCAGCACUGGGGGAGGCCAUGGUGCAAGCGAUUGUGGCCGUGCGCAAGGUGAGACCUGGGGAGGGUGUUUCAGGGAAAAGUGGCCAUGACCCCACUGUCACUGAGGGGUUUAUCAGAGAAGGGUGA